CUUUUCUACGGAAAGUCUACAGCAUUCUUUCCGUUCAAGUUCUUCUGACCACAGUCACAUCUGCAAUUUUUCUGUACUCUACUGGAAUACAGGCAUUUGUUCAUGAAAGGCCUGCCUUGCUUUUGAUAUCUGGGUUUGGAUCUUUGGCUAUAAUUGUGGCACUGACCCUCUACAGACACCAGCAUCCUGUUAAUUUAUACCUGCUUUUUGGAUUUACCCUACUGGAAGCACUGACAGUUGCCAUUACAGUGAGUUUCUAUGAUGUGUCCAUCGUCUUGCAAGCCUUUAUUCUUACUACUGCUGUAUUUCUUGGACUGACUGCAUAUACCUUGCAGUCAAAGAGAGACUUCAGCAAAUUUGGAGCAGGCCUCUUCGCUUGUUUGUGGAUUUUAAUUUUCUCAGGUUUCUUGAGGCUGUUUUUCUACAGUGAGACAAUAGAGUUGGUGAUUGCUGCUGCUGGAGCUCUUCUGUUCUGUGGAUUUAUUAUUUAUGACACGCAUUUGCUUAUGCACAAAUUAUCCCCUGAAGAGUACAUACUGGCUGCAAUCAAUCUCUACUUGGACAUCAUCAAUCUGUUCUUACACCUGCUGCGUUUACUGGAAGCAUUUAAUAAAAAAUAGUCAGAAGCAGUGUGGUU